UACUGAACAGAAUACCAGGAGAUAAGAACAGGAGUAUAACAAUAGAUAACGUAGGAACAUGAGUGAAACGGUGUUCGAGCGGCGAGGCGCGGCCGGAGACAGCAUGAGAGUACACGAUUACUUGUACGACUCGGCCUUCAUCGUGUCGGGCGCCCGUGACUACGCGCGGGCCGCCUUCAAAGCUGCCAUGGCGUCUGCACAAAUUAAUAUACAGCCACUGUAUAAGACGAUGUUUUCGGAGCUGAAAACAGCGCCCAGUGCUCAAGUCGUAUACCACCCGAACUGCCGCCUGCCCAGGCACCUGGACCGCUCGUACGCGGCUUACGUGGCCAGAGUGGAGCUCGACCGCAGCGCCCCCACUCCGGAGCUGACCGGCAAGGACCGCUAUCGCUUCGCCGCCAAACCGAAGAAGCUUCUGGACAUGGCCAGCGUGACGCCGCAAUUCCACCCUCCCACGCCAGUUAUGGUCCCUGGUGAUGGCCGGCCUAAGAAUAAAGGGACACAGAGCAAAUACAGGGAGUCAUCAGCGCAGACAGUCCCGUGGCAGCCGGACGGCAGGCAGGCUGAGGAUUGCGAGAACACACCUGAGGUGCUUUAUCUGGACAAGCUGGAGUGGGGUCCGGGGAAGCCGUUCCGAAUCGGAGACUUGCCAGCCGAUUUUCACACCACGGAGAUUAUAAACAAAAUGCGUCACGCCCGUAUGUGGACCUCGGUGGUGGAGAGCGCGCAGUUCCCGCGCUGGAUGAAACGGCGGAACGACAUUAUUAACGACGUCGAGACCAGGGACUGGAUCUUCAGAGAGGCUGAGAUCGACGAGCUGCAGGACAUCCGGCUCGAGCUGCUGCACCAGCUGCAGAAGCAGCAACGCAGCAAGCAGACGUCACGGACUAAGAGGAAGCUUCAGAACCUCUGGGUCGAGAAGAAACAGGAGAUGGAACGGCGUGUUGACCGUAUACGGAAGACUAGAGACAGAGAGAUCCGCAAACUGACCAUGGCGCACUCAUACGGCCGCGAAGGCCUAGUGGGGCGCAUACGGGGCGCGCGCGGCGGGGGCUCCGUGACGUACACGGCGGCGGACCCCACGUCGGACCUGCACGCGCCGUUGGCGCGCCACGGGUACCAGGCGCGCAGGAAACAUGCGGUCAUAUACUACGAUCCUUCGUUGUUGGCGUUUGAAGACCACGAACAGCUCUCCAAGCCGCCAGCGUGGCUUGACCAGUGCGGGCAGGACUUGAAGAAAUCCUGCUCGGGACACCACCUGCCCAGGGAUCCUAUGCAGCUCUGUGAACGCGAAACUAAGUGGAGCGAGGACUUUUUGGAGCAAUUACAUAAUGAUCUGAAAAAGGCGCGUCUCGGCGCUGGCGAGAAACAUUCGGCCGGGCCGCUGCACGUGCUGAAGCCGCGCCGCGUCGGCGACACCCCGCGCCCCGCCACCCCCGAGGUGGACGCCGUGCAGGACAGCGACGAGACCUGCCACCAGGCGGCGCUCACGCUGCAGAGGAUCAUAAGAGGGCGCGCCGUACAAUGCCUGAUGUACGAAGGCCGUACUCGCGCUGCCGAACUGACUGAAGAGCUGAAGACCACACACGGUCUACAGAAGGAAGAUAAGAUCCACAUCGCUAAGGAGGAAGCUCGAGCUCGCGACCACCACGUGGUGCAGACGCAGGCGGAUAGGGAGGAAACCGCCAUUGCGGCCCUAGUGGAUGAACUAUGUGGCAGCACGGUGUCGGCCGCGCUCGACUUUUUGGAGAAGGAGCUCAGAAGACUGAAGGAGGAAAGGAGACAGCAUGCCUUCUUACUGAUUGCAGUCCGUGAGAAAAUGAUGCGAGAAGCGGCCGAGGCCGGCAGGAGACAGAAGGAGGAGCACCGCCGGCGCGAGCACGACCACAUGUUCAGACAGAUCAUAGGCGUAACCCAGGAGACAGUAGACGCAUACUUGCACGACGUGAUCACCGAGGGGAUAGAGCUAGGCGUGGAGGAGGAGGCGGUGCGUCGCGCGGAACGGAGGGCGGAUGAGAUUGAGAGGGAGAUGCAGGAGAAUGAGGCUAUGUCAACAGCAGAACAGAACGAGCUGGUAGCCGAGCUGGUCCAGCAGUUCCUACUUCCUGAAGCCCACAAGUGCGCGUCCAGACACCGCGUGUCCGCGCUGCAGAGCGCCAGGACCGAGUCCGCCAGGAAGACCAUAUUCGGACUCAUCGACGAUGCGGAAAUUAAAGAAGCACUAUGCGUCCGCUGCGGUCAGCCUUUGGACGAGGAAUGCCGCUGUCUGUCCUGCAAAAUCACCAUGGAACCGAAAGAGACGGAGCAUCGACAAGACCCGCGCUGGAAGUACACCAGAGGUGCUCCCAUCAAGCGUGCGAAGACCACAGAGGAACGUUUCCCGCCCGCGCACGAGACGAGGCGUCUGCUCAACGCCAUCGUGGAUGACGCUGUCUUGGAGGCUCGUCGUCGGUACGGCGACCGCCAGUUCAUCCGGCGAGAGUACGCCGGAGCCCUGCGAGAGAGACUGGAAGGAGAACUAGAGGCUAGGGACCUGCUCGAACACGUGCUGGAUCUAGCCACCGGCGUGACUAUGGCGCCCGCUCGCCCGCGGCGCGACUACGGAUAUGUGAUGAGGCGUAUACACGAGGACGCUUUGGAGCGUACGGAACCCCCGACGGUACACGCGCGGCCCGAGCUGCCGUCGGAGGCGCGCGCGCGCGAGCUGGCCGAGGCGCUGCGCCGCGACCCGCGCUGCCGCUGCGAGGAGCAGACGGUGGACACAAGGACGAUCAACUUUACUACAAGUGACAUAUCGGAGACAGAAAAACAGAUGCUACCCUCAGAGGUGAGGAAGUUAGAAGAGAUGCUGCGCUGCAAGUGCGAUGUACCGACCCCUUCACUCAACCCACCCAGUGCCGUAAGCUCGCCAGAUGACGUGGUUGAUGAUGAUGGCACCUCCGAUAUCAGUUCUGAGGUCAUCGACACCAAGUUAGACUGAUGGACGUCAGAAUGGUUAACCCUUUCACCGCUGAGACGUCAACUGACGCGCGCGGCUACAACCAUGGAGAAAUACAAUAUGUAUCAGAACGAAAGGCAAAGAAAGAGACCCAUUAAUGUUUAGGUCAUACUGAGCAACUUUUACUAUGGGACCAACCCCGAAAACGCGGAAAAAAAAUUGAUGUUUCAUACAUUUUGCUGGUCUGAUGUUGAAAUUUCCUAAGGGAGAGUCAAUUUUUUUUUUUUGCGAUUUCGGGUUUGGUCCCAUAGUAAAAGUUGCUCAGUAUGACCUAUACAUUAAGGUAAAUGUCCGUAUGGAUGACACUGACCUAAUGUAUGACUUUUACGCAGUUUAUUUUGAAAAAUAAGAAAACGGUUUUUAAUAUAAACAAAAAACAGGACUUAAUCGAUUGUAUGUGUUAUCUAUGAAUUUUGUUCCGAAGCUGUCAUUAAUACGUUAAAUAUUUUUCACUUUGUGAGGUAGUUUUUGCUAGGAGGUGCUUCCAUUUCGCCAGUUAUCCACUGGUACAAUUUCAGAUGUCGAGGAAAACUGAAAUAAUUAAUAAAUGUUAUUACUAUUAUACAAUAAUGUAUUGUUCCGCUGAUAUUAAGGAAGGACUGGUUCAUAAAUCUGCAUACACCAAUAGUCUGUAUAGGUCAUAGUUAAGUAGUUUUCCGAGUAAAUGUCUUAAUUUCCUCCUAAUAGUGUCAUUCACAGGGACACUUACCUUACCUUACUUACCUUAAUGGGUCUCUUUCUUGGCCUUUCGUUCUGAUACAUACUGUAUAGUAAGAAUAGAGUGCUCACUUCAUACAUCAGUCUUGAUAACAAAACGACUAUUAUUUUCUCAGUCGACAUCUAGCAUCGAGUAGCGGAAUUAUCAGUACCGCUACUUGAUACUAGAAUUCUCUAGUGUCGCGACUCGCGAAAAUUGUAUUGAACAACAAUUUACAACUAAUAUUAAAAGCAGAAGGAGUUGAAAAUAGAGUUCCGGUUAAUCCGGU